AUGUCUGUAGAAGAGUUAGGCGUUGAUCUGUUGGUGUCUACACCAGCAUCAGGAUUAAUUGGGACGUCUUCUGUGUGUGUCCGUUAUCCGAUUGUCAUAAAGGGACGUCGGUUCAAGGUAAACCUCAUCUCUUUACCUUUGCAAGGAUUAGAAGUAAUCUUGAGAAUGGAUUGGCUAUCCACCAAUCGCAUCCUCGUCGACUGCGGUGGUAAGGAGAUGUUGUUUCCUGAUAAAGAAAAAGGUAUUUCUUUGUCGAUCAGUGUCUUGAGGCAAGACCUCCUGGAAGAUGAUAGUUGUUUCUUAGAUUUAUCGUCUAUGGAAGCGACUCAAGUUUCGGAUCAUGCGGCACAGGAGAAUCGGAGUGUAAACCUCGUGGUUGUGAAUGACUUCUUAAAUGUUUUUAUGAAGAAGUUUCUUAAAGUUGACUAG